AAACCUGAGGCGCUGAGGUAAAGAGAGGACGUCUCGGUGUCCGCGCGGGCUCGUCUUAGUCCCCUGAGGGGAGCAGAGCCGGCAGCAUGUUCCGCGGGCGGAGACUGCUGGGCGGGCUGCGUCCUCUGCUGGCGGCGGCGAGUCCCUCAGCGAGUCCGGUGGAGCCUCGCCGGCCGUUUCGUACAGGGGAGCCCCGACUUUACGACCCCGUCAAAGGUGCGCGUCAGGCGGGGGUGGCUUCUUCUCUAGGCCUGGCCUACCUCGCAAGGUUAUCGUGAGGCUAAUCUAGUGUUGGGGCGAGAGGAGGAGCCUCUCGAGGAAAAGUAAAAAUCGAAUAAAUGACGAGUGGGUUGGUAUUGGUAUUUUCAUCCAACCUUCCCACUUUUUUGGAAUGGUUGAUUGGCUAAGAUCUCUUAUGAAGUGGAUGCUAAUUUAAUAGAAUUUAAAGUGGGGUUUUUUUUAGUCUUUCUAAAAAAUGGGACAAUUUUUAAUCCCCCUUACACGUGUGUCUCGUUUAAUUAAUUCACUGACGAUUGACUGGCCGAAAUCUACAUACCUGUGCACACAUAUAAAAAAAGUUUUAAAAUUAUUUCAUUGCAAGCACUUGGAAAUAUUUGUCAGCUUAUUAGAAACAACUUCGAUUAAUUGAAUUAUUUAACUGACUAAAAUCUGUGCAGAAGAGUUCUGAAGUGGGAGACUUUUAGAUGAUGCAUGCAUGUGUCAGUAGUGGUGUUCCUGAUUCCUUUUUGCAAACAACCCCCCCCCCUUAAUAAAUUACAUUAUUUUUAAUGUAAGUACUUUUUAAAAAGUGGGCUUCUUCAGCUGCUCUUAAUUGUGGCUCACCACGACACUUGAUAACUACAAGUGAGGAGGUGGAAGUCACUAUUUCCUUACUGUAUAAUGCACUAUAUGUUUUAUUCAAUUAAGUAACUAUCACAUGUUUCUUUGAUUUGAACCUAUGAAAUGACAGUAAUGAAUUCAGUAAGUAUGUAAUGUGAAUCAAAAAGUAAAUGCCAUGCAGCACAAUUCUAUUCAUGCUUCUUCAGAAAUAAAUUCCACUUAGUUCAAUGGAGUUUACCUCCCUAGUACGCUUGCUUAGCAUUUCAGCAUUAGUCAGUGGAAAAACAUAUAUUCCAAGGUAAUAACACGUACCUGCAUUUUUGUAAGUUUUUUGUAUUUAAAAUAAUUGUUGUUGUGUAGUCGUUUAGUCGUGUCCGACUCUUCGUGACCCUAUGGACCAGAGCACGCCAGGCACUCCUGUCUUCCACUGCCUCCCGCAGUUUGGUCAGACUCAUGUUUGUAGCUUCGAGAACACUGUCCAACCAUCUCGUCCUCUGUCGUCCCCUUCGCCUUGUGCCCUCAAUCUUUGCCAACAUCAGGGUCUUUUCCAUGGAGUCUUCUCUUCUCAUGAGGUGGCCAAAGUAUUGGAGCCUCAGCUUCACGAUCUGUCCUUCCAGUGAGCACUCAGGGCUGAUUUCCUUCAGAAUGGAUAGGUUUGAUCUUCUUGCAGUCCAUGGGACUCUCAAGAGUCUCCUCCAGCACCAUUAUUCAAAAGCAUCAAUUCUUCAGUGAUCAGCCUUCUUUAUGGUCCAGCUCUCACUUCCAUACAUCACUACUGGGAAAACCAUGGCUUUAACUAUACGGACCUUUGUUGGCAAGGUGAUGUCUCUGCUUUUAAGAUGCUGUCUAGGUUUGCCAUCGCCUUUCUCCCAAGGAGCAGGCGUCUUUUAAUUUUGUGACUGCUGUCACCAUCUGCAGUGAUCGUGGAGCCCAAGAAAGUAAAAUCUCUCACUGCCUCCAUUUCUUCCCCUUCUAUUUGCCAGGAGGUGAUGGGCCCAGUGGCCAUGAUCUUCGUUUUUUUGACGUUGAGCUUCAGACCAUAUUUUGCGCUCUCUUCUUUCACCCUCAUUAAAAGGUUCUCUGGAGCAGGAACCAGCAAGCCACUCCAGUAUCCCUGCCAAGAAAACUCCAUGGACAAAGACAACAGGCAUUUAAAAUAAUUACUGGUCUUCAAAAAAAAUACAGUCUCAUUAGCAGAGUGUACUUUUACAAUUAAGUCAUUUUAACAAAGUUAUGGUGACUGUUUCAUUUUUAGAGCAAAACAUAGCUCUAAUUAAUACCAUAAUGACUGAAACAAACAAACAGUUAUCAGUCUUCAUAAAGAUGCCCUUUGUACGUCAUGCGCCGGUAAUUGUAGUCCUGGUUCAUGCCUGGCAUCUCAAGGUAAAAAUUUCAGCAACGCAAACAGCAUGUUUAAACCUAACUCUUGAACUGCUGAUUACGUUGCUAAAAUUAGUAAUGCCAGGACUACAACUGUUGGUGAUUAAAGUGCAAAGGGCACCUGAAAGGCUUGCCGUUACGAAGACUGAUAACUGGUUGUUUCAGUCAGUAUGGUUUUAAUUAGAGCUAUGUUUUGUUCUAUAAACAGAACAGCCAUUGUAACUUUGCUUUUAUUUUUUUAACAAGAAAAGCUGCUUUCUACAGCUUGCGUAAAUUUUUGUGGAGAACAAGGAUGUUCUUUCUCUCUUCAUAAAUCUACAUAUCUUGUGGGGGGAAAGGGAAUAAGUUAUAUGGAGCUUUGAAGCCACCGGGAAACAUAUUCAACCAUUCUGUUCACAACCACACCAUACAGUUAAAGCAGUAGCAUGCCACUUUACGUUUCCGAGCACAAUUCAAAGUGUUGGUGCUGAUCUUUAAAGCCCUAAACAGCCUCAGCCCUGUAUACCUGAAGGAGUGUCUCCACCCCCACCAUCCAACCCGGACACUGAGGUCCAGCGCCAAGGGCCUUCUGGCAGUUCCCUCACUGCAAGAAGCGAAGUUACAGGGAACCAGGCAGAGGGCCUUCUCGGUAGUGGCGCCCGCCCUCCCAUCAGAUGUCAAGGAAAUAAACAACUAUCAGACUUUUAGAAGACAUCUGAAGGCUGCCCUGUUUAGGGAAGUUUUUAUGACUGAUGUUACAUUAAAACAUUUUUAAUCUUUUGUUGGAAGCUGCCUAGACUGGCUGGGGAAACCCAGCCAGAUGGGUGCGGUAUAAAUAAUAAAUGGUUGUUGUUUAACAGUCAUUGCUUCCCGCAAAGAAUCCUGAAAACUGCAGUUCAUUGAGUGAGAGUGGUUAAGAGAUUCCUCACAGAGUUGAAGCACCCUUCGCAAACUACAGCGCUGAGAAUUCUUUGGGCGAAGCCAUUACUGUUAAAAUAGUGCAAGAGUGCUUUAAAUACACAGCAAGGACAUGACAUCUCUCUGUAUCUGAGAAUUGCCAAGCCUUUCAAGCAUACAUUUCUACCGUAAGGGCUGAGAUUCAUGAAAUGCUGGAUUCUGCUUUCUCCAAACUUGAUAUAUUGGACAUGUUUGGUAGCAAUAAGGUUUUGGCUUUAUUUCUCUGUCUGCUAAGUCUGCUAAGCACUAACAGCAUGGUAUUAUUUCCGGCUUCUUUCAGAUUUGGAGAAGGGAGUCAUCGAUGCCUACAAGAAAAUGAAAGACUUCCUUCCUGGCAGUAGCUGGCACCCUGGGCAUGUUACAGAAGGUUUACCUCCUGACCACGCUGAUGUGGUCAUUGUUGGGGGUGGAGUAAUUGGCUGGUCUAUUGCCUUCUGGCUGAAGAUGAAAGAACCACAGAGAAAUGCAUAUCGAGUAGUGGUGGUGGAGAAAGACCUUAAGGUCAUUUAACAUCUGAGAUCAAUAAUGGGGGUCUUGGGGAACGUUUUCAAACAUCAGGUUUGUUAAGUGUUGGGCUUACUUUGUGCGAUAGAGGCAAUGAGCCAUUAAUAUGCGUCCAAAAGACACGCAUGGCGACAAACCCGGAAGUGACAGGACAGCGUCAUUAAUAGGGAGGAACUGGUGUGGAAGGGGGCAAGAGGGCGCUGAUACCGCCUCCACCAACGCAGGGCCCAGGGACAGAACACCCACACAAAAUGGUCAUUGACGGUAUUCAGGUCCCUUCUAGAAAGAUGAAUCGCAUUAAAGUGCAUUUCUGAAGGUGUGCUGUAGUACUUAGUGUCAGACUUGGCCCAUGGAGACCUGCUUCAAAUCUCUGCUCAGCCAUCAUGCUAUCUAGGUGACUGAAAGCCAACCACACAUUCUCAGCUUCACCUGCCUCACAGCUUUAGUUGUAAAUAUUAAACAGAAGGGCAGGGAGAGAGAACUCUGAAUUCUGCCCUGUACUUAUUGGAGGCAGGGCAGGAUAAAUAAGUAAUCAGGGUGACCGUUCAUUAUGUUAAAUGUAGAAAUAGUAGGUGACCUUCUGAAUUGCAGAUUGAUAAUGCUGCAACAGCAAUAAUGGGCAUUCACCAUUUUGUCCUGCCAGGGAAUCUCUUCCACAAUUGCCUUUUAUUUUCUUGCUGCUCUUUAUAUUACUGAAAUGUUUCUGGGAGAGGGGAUUUGACUAUGGAGCUAAGUGACAGCAUCAUUUUCUGUUUUGCUUCUUUGCAGUAUUCCAAAGCAUCUACAGUACUCUCUGUAGGGGGAAUACGCCAGCAGUAUUCAAUUCCAGAAAAUAUCAAGAUGUGCCAGUUUUCGGCAAACUUCCUGCGUACCAUCAACGUAUGUCAUAAUGUCUGGGUGUUUGUGGGAGUGUUGGUGUGGAGGAUUCUCACACUUGCUUCUGUCAGCGGUCUGCCUUGCAUCCUCUAGAAAAGGCAAAUGGGCCAUCGGUCCAUCUUGAAGGAGACAAGAUAUGGGAAUGUGCAACUACUUCGAUAUAUACAGUACAGUGGUGGAGUGUUUGAAUGCACUGAAUAACCAUGGUGCAGUUUGCUCCACUGCCCUUGUCCUAAUAACUCAGUCACCCUAGCAUCCACAUACAGAUCUGAAUCUAUCAAUUGGCAUCCCAGUAGCAAGUUAUUCAAACAGAAAACACUGGUGUUUCUUCCUGAUUUUGUCUCAACUCCAUUAAGAGUGCUUUUGGGUAACCAUAUACUAUACACUUUCUAGAUCAGAAGUUAAAGUUGUACAUUUCUGUUUAUAUACUGUUGGGAAUUUUGGACAUGUGUCAUUCUUGAAGCUUCUUCGGUUUUAAUUUAUCGCCCCGUAUACAUGCAUGGAUUGUUUCUUUUGUCUAUUAUUUUUCUCCUAAAUCCUCCGGCCAUUGUUACAUCAUGUGUGCUUGAGAGAUGCUAAGAGUUGGCAUAUCAUAAUGGUCAAGUCUGAAGUCCUAAGCACACUUCUUAGAGAAUAUCCCACUUUUAGUAAACGUGCUUGGAAUUGCACUUUUAAGAAUGAAGCAUAAACCAGUUCAGAUAUUUUCUUUGCCAUGAUCAAGUAGUCCUAGAUAAGCCAUUAUCCCCCUCCCCCAUAGCUUCUCAUCUAGAAUAUGCGGAUAACAAUAAUGCACUGUUGUGUAAGGACUACAUGCAGGGGUCAGCAAACUUUUUCAGCAGGGGGCUGGUCCACUGUCCCUCAGACCUUGUGGGGGGCCAGACUAUAUUUUUUGGGGGGAAUGAACGAAUUCCUAUGCCCCACAAAUAACCCAGAGAUGCAUUUUAAAUAACAGCACACAUUCUACUCAUGUAAAAACAUGCUGAUUCCCGGACUGUCCACGGGCCAGAUUUAGAAGGUGACUGGGCUGGAUCCGGCCCCCGAGCCUUAGUUUGCCUACCCAUGGACUACAGUGAUCAUAAAGCUUUUUAAACUCUCAAGAAAAGAGCUAUAGCAGUGAUAUGUAUUCCUGUAAGUUUCCCACUCCAUCCCAUCCUGAAGACAGCAAUCCUUGAAAUUGUAAACAGAUUAUCUUUUUGUUCCAGCAAUACCUUGGUGUUGUCACCCAGCCACCCAUAGAUAUUCAGUUUAACCCAUCGGGCUAUCUCUUCCUGGCUUCAGAGGAUGGAGCUGCUCUGCUGGAGGAGAAUGUUGGAAUUCAAAGGUAUGGGGUUCUGAGGAUCCUUUGGGUAAAAGUUGCUUAGAGAGAAGAAACAGUGAUAGGCGUGUAUGUAUGAAUGAGGUCUUUGAAAAUGUUACGUUCUUUUAAAGCCAUAGUGGUUUUCUGCCCCCAGCAUUGAGAUCACCUCUGGUAAUUUUACCUAUUUGCUCACGCAGAUUAUUUCAAAAUUACUUUUUUUGGAAAGUAGACUUUUUGACUUUAAAAAUAAUAACAUAAAUUGCCCCUUCCUGCCUUUAUUAGGGCAUCUUUUAAAUUGACAAAAUGGAUUUUCCCCCAUCUUGUGCAUUCUGAUGAGCGUUCUUUAAUGGUUUGUUUGCUUGCUUUUUUCAGGAGGGAAGGAGCAGAGAUCUCACUACUAUCACCGGCACAACUGAAAAAGAAGUAUCCGUGGUUGAAUACAGAAGGAGUAGCUUUGGCUUCCAUUGGUACUAGACUGCUGAAUCUCCAUCUUUCCUAAAGAUUAAUAGCACUGCUGUCUCAAGUAAACAGUUUGAAAUAAAAAUGCUCUGUUCUUCUUUUUUGUAUGCUUAACUUACAGGGACUCUAGAAUGAGCAAGCCCCCAUUUCUCCUAUUUUCUGCUAACAGCUUCCUUAUGAGUAGCUAGUCCAGUACUGGUCCUUCAACCCCUGCCCCAUCAGCUGCAUUCUCACUCAGAUCCAUAGUCAGAAAUGUUGGAGAGCCAUAUGUCAGGGCAAAAUGGCACAACCCAUGAAUAUUAGCGCAAUUAUCUCAUUUAUUAAAUAGUUUAAAAGAAAAAAAAUACAUUUCAAUAAAAUGUGCUCAUGUGCUUUUAUCCACACAUCUAUCCAAUGGCUGCAAAGGCAAUAAAAACACUGACAGCUGAGAGCAGAUUUUCUGCUUAUUGAGAAUUUUGAUAGAUUUCUGCCUACACAUUUUCUUACUUGGUAUUCUGAAGUGUCUCUUAAAUGAGAGUCUCGCUGUUAUUCCUGCUGGUACCAGGGCCCCAUCCCCUUCUCAUGUUAUUGCCUGGUUUCCUAAUAUCUGGUCAUAUUUUCUGGGUUCUAUCACAUUUCUUUUAGUGACCAAGAGACAGAGCUGCAGAUAAGAGCAAACCUGGACCAAAUUGCCUCUCCUAACACUGCUAACUGUUUGGCAAAGUACAAUGGAGGUUAUUUGUUACAGUCAAACCUUGGUUCUUGAACUGCUCUGUUUUCAAAUGCUGAAAACCCGGAAGUAAAUGCUCUGGUUUUCAAACAUUCCUCAGAACUCAAAUGUCCAAUGGGGCUUCCACUUGAGUGCAAGAAGCUCUUACAACCAAUUGGAAGCUGCGCCUCGGUUGUCGAACGUUUCCAAAGUCAAAUUAUCUUCUGGAGCGGAUUAUGUUCAACAACCGAGGUUUGACUGUAUAAGAAAUCUUGCAGGGGAUGGGGAUUCUGUUUUGUUCUGGGCUUUUUUACUGAGUUUGCCUGUUGGGAAAGAUCAGUUGUUCUUAGCCAACCAAGAGUGCUAUUCAGAAAUGUUCAGAGUAUGACUGCAGAAUAAUUGUCAUGGCAUUGUAAUUCUAAACUAGAUUGCCUUUCUUGCGUUCUCUGUUUUGUCUUCUUAAGGCUUGGAAAAUGAGGGAUGGUUUGACCCCUGGACUCUUCUCAACGCUUUCCGGAACAAAGCAAUAUCAUUGGGCGUCUACCAGAGCUGCGGCGAAGUGAAAUGUGAGUCUGUCGCCCCCACUUGGUAUUGCAAGCACACACCAUCAUUACCACUGAAUUGUGUUGGGCAGCUCAGCCUCCUGGCACCAGGGGGCAGAAACCCUAUUCAGUACAGUCUUACCUUGGUUCUCGAACAGAAUCCGAAACCGUUAAAAAACCAAGGCACAGCUUCCAGUUGGCUGCAGGAGCAGUGGAAUGCCCUCCAACCGUAUUGUUUAAGCACCAGGCAGAAACAUUAUUAUUUACCUAGAUAGUUCUGUAGAUGUUAAUGAUUUAAACUGAGCAAGUCUAUUUUAAAAUUAAAGUUUUACUGUUUUGUAUAUUUGUUUUAUGUUGUAUACCUGGUGUGGGGAGUCUUUGGCUCUUCAAAUAUUGCUGAACUACAACUCCCAUUAUCCCUAGCCAUUGACCAUGCUUGCUGCAGUUGAUGGGAUCUGCAGUCUAGUAACAUCUUGUUGUAUUAUUUUACUGUUGUUAGCCGUAUACUAUCCUGAAAUCUGAUCUAAUGAAAGGGGGCUACAAAAAAUGCUUCAAAUAUUUUACCCAAGGGAUUACCCAAGCCCUCAUUUUUCCAUGUCUUAGAUUUUAAAGUUGAACCAAAGCAAAGUUGCUUCUGUAUGUUCUUUUUCAUCAUCUGCAGCUUUCGACUUGUAUACAGAAGAACUGAGGACACAUGAUGGGGAUCGUAUUAAUUUCUCCCGUAUCAAGGGUGUUAAUGUAAGUCAUUAUUUGAACUACUUCAAUUAAAAGUAGGGGCAAGAUGUGCUGAGUAGAAGGUUCCAAGGAGAAGCUCACAGAAAACCCUCCAUUUUUUAAAAAAAUAUAACUUUUAUUAAAGGUUUUAUUGGGUUACAAAAAUACGUUCAUUGUCUCUAUUUUCAGGUUGUAGUCUUUUCUACUUAUCAGUUAUGUUUGAUGUGAGGGCCUCUCAAAACUUCUGUUUCUAUGAGGUUCUUCUGUAGUUUAGCAGAGCUAACGAGAGCUUACAAAACUAAAAAUAACUGUAGUACAGUAUGAUCUGCCCUUGAACUUUUGACAGAACAGAUAACGUAGGCAGGCUUGUGGCCACUGACUUCUUAGAUGACAAUAUUACAUAUUAACAUUUGUUCAAGGGCCAGUAUUGUACUGGGCAGGAGAAGGGCUGGAAAUGGGGCUUUGAUAUCAUUUCAGGCUUCUUUGUGUAUCCCAUGCUGCAGUGCUACCUGCUUCCCUGACUCUGUUACAGGGCUAAGGAACCUGUGGCUUGCCAGAUGUUGGCUGCUGGUGGUUGCAGGUGAUGGGAGUUAUAGUCCAGCAACAUCUGAAGGUCUACAACUUCCCCAGCCCUGCUCCACUAGCCUAAAGGAAAAGCCAAUCCAAGAUAUAGGUAUGUGUUCAGUAGUCUGCACUUUGCCCUCCCCCAAAAAAGCUUGGCAACUGCUCUUCUCUCCCUAAGUGAAGUGGCUCCAGUGUUAGCUCAGUUUAAGACUGCCAUGCAAAUGUACUGAAGGUAUACAUGGAUGCCAACAAUUUCUGGCAUGUCCCUUGCAGUGUACUUUGCCAGGCUUGUGUGUGACAGGAAAAAGAGGUGGAAUGCACAAUAGCAACUAGACAGGAAAUCCCAACAUUUUUCAUAAUGGAACAAGAAGUAAAUCAGAAAGCUCUCCAUCACUUCCACGAUACAGCAAAUGCUUGGUCUCAGAUCCUGUGACAUCUCCCUGGCUUUUUUUCCUUUUUGCUUGUGUAUUCCCCAUUGUCAUCUGGAAAACCCGUGCCAGCUUGCCUAAUGAAACAGUUACCAGGUCCUCCCUACUGUGUUAUCCUCUAGGUCCAGAUGCCCGACAGUAUAGAAUCCACCAAAAUAGAAUGUGGUUUUGUGGUGAAUGCAGCAGGAGCUUGGUCAAGCAGUGUGGCAGAGAUGGCUGGCAUUGGAACUGGGCCGCCACACUCAAUGCUGGGCAUCAGGCUUCCUGUGGAACCCAAGAAAAGGUAUGGCUAAGCCUAGUAUUUAUGCUGCUUUGGAGUUCAUAUCUUAAAUACCUAUUAAAUGGUAACCAUAUAUUGUGAUAGGGAUGCGGGUGGCGCUGUGGGUUAAACCACAGAGCCUAGGGCUUGCCGAUCAGAAGGUCGGUGGUUUGAAUCCCCGCAACAGGGUGAGCUCCCGUUGCUCGGUCCCUGCUCCUGCCCACUUAGCAGUUUGAAAGCACCUCAAAGUGCAAGUAGAUAAAUAGGUACCACUCCGGCAGGAAGGUAAACGGCGUUUCCAUGCGCUGCUCUGGUUUGCCAGAAGCGGCUUAGUCAUGCUGGCCACAUGACCUGGAAGCUGUAUGCCGGCUCCCUCGGCCAAUAAAGCGAGAUGAGCGCUGCAACCCCAGAGUCGGCCACGACUGGAUCUAAUGGUCAGGGGUCCCUUUACCUUUUUUUAUAUUGUGAUUCUCAGAUUUGUGAGGGCUGCCAGCAUGAUUCACUUUGAAGUUAGGGCCAGAGUUGGGUUGGACUCGAUGGCCCUUGUGGUCUCUUCCAACUCUAUGAUUCUAUGAGUUUUUGUCCUGUUCCUCUGUUGCCACACACGAUAGACCUACACUUCUUAUUUUGCUAAAUCUGUGGCUCUGCAGAUCGGUUGUAGUCCAGCAACAUCUGGUGGGGCCACAGCUUCCCUGCCCCUGAUCCAAAUGGUUGGACAGCUACUGCUCCUUCUUCUUUAUUUUUUUUUUUAAUGAUAUUUAUUAAGAAUUUUUAGAAUUACAAAAAAGAAACAAAAAAGAAAGAGAAAGAGAAAAAACAAAGGAAAAACAAGCCACCACGAUCAAAAGACAAAAAUGUGCCACAAACAUUUAAAAACAAAUCCAAUAUUCUCAAAUCCUUAACUGUCAUUACCUUCUUUCUUUGACCUCCUCACCCCUCCCUUUUUUUGUAUCCUAGUUAUUAAUUGUUGCAGCAAAUCCUUUCCAUAUUUCAUAAUAUUCUGUCAUUACAUUACCUUAAUCUAUUUUAAUCUUAUCUUACUAUAAAAAACCUUAAAAGUUAAAACUUAGAUCUUAUUUAUACCAAUUUCUCAUAACCAUAAUAUUCUUACAUGAUUCUUUAAACAUUUUUCCUAAAGCCAAAUAAUUUCGUUCCAACAUUUUUUUUAACGUUCAUCAAUUUUAUAAAACAAUCCUAAUAAUUUUUUUUUUCUUCCAAUCUUCAUCCAGCGUCUCUUCCUCCUGGUCCCGGGUUAUGUCAGUCCUUUCUAUCCCAUCAAUCUAGCGCAUUAACCUGGUAAUCUUAUGUCCGAGGCCCUUAACUCCCUUCCAUGUCCCUUCCGCAGCUCUUCUUCAUAUUUAUACCUGUACUUUACUUUGUCUCCUGCUCCUUUCACUCGUGGGAACUCCAACUUAACAAUGUUUUUGACCCUUCUCGACAAAUCAGCCCCUUUUCCAUAGUCCACACUAAACUCCAUGUGGUAUUUAAAAACAUGUUUCAAAGUCCCUCCAAAAUUAAGAGCCCCCACAACCCCAAACAUCUCACGGCCCAUUGCCAGACCAAGUGCCAAGUCCAAACAUCUCUGCAUAGGGGGGUCUAUCCAACCCCCCAUUUCCAAACCAAACCAAACUUUAUCUUUCCAAAUCUGGCUUUUUCCAAGUUCAUUUGUCAAAUCCAAAAGCUCCUGUUCCUGCUGGGCCACAGCUCCCUCCAUCUCUGGCGCCCAAGGUUCAGCAACAUCCUCUCUCAUCUGUUCUGUCAGAGCACACUCCUGUUUGAAUCCUGGGUGGGCUCUAUAUAAUUUCCCACUGCCUGUCCAAAAUUUCUGAUCGCAUCAGUCAUCAAGUCCGUCUUCUCAUGUAGCUGUUCCAGUAGGGCACUUGUUUUACAGAAAGCACGCAGCAGGGCUUCUGAAUACAUUGUUCUGCAAGGUCAGAAGGCUAUUCCCACGAUCGUAAUCUGUAGCAGCUGCAAGCUCCCCGAUUCAGAAUUUGAAACUGUUUCACAGGCUCCCUCUAGGGGAAGAACUUCUUUUUGUUCUUUUCUUUUAAAGGCAGAUCUGACAACAAAGUUUCCUUUUUCAGAUAUUUUGUCAAUAUUUGUUCCUUUAAAAUGCGAAAAGGAACAGUCGAACCACUAUGUUUCUCUUCUUUUAACUAUCUGUCAAAAACGUUUGUCUCUGGUCAAUGAGCUUCCCAAAGAACGUCAGUCCUGACACCCCACUCCAGGAUCAAGACGGUGGAAAGUUACUUUGCUUUACACUCUCUUCUGCAGGUUAAACAGUCCGGAAAAAAUCCCCCCUCUUCUCCUGCUUCCGAAGGGGGUUCAACAAUUUUAAAGGAUGGAAGUUAAUCCUUUACAAGCGAUUUUCUGAACUCUAGUUUGCCAUGUCUUUGCUUUCAUCUAUCUACAAAGAAACGGAAGGCUGACUUCCUGUUUAGACCUUCCCAUUUCAGUGCCAAAUUAAAGUAAAUUUUUAAGUCCAAUUUUCCUUUCUACUCACAAAUCAUUAUUUAGAGUCCAAUUGUCCGAGAUUUAAGUACUCAUGGGUGAUUAUUUUAAAAGCCAAAUUGUCCCAGGAAAAAGGCAGCGCUCUCCGGCAACGGCUGUGCGGCUUCGCUCCACGGAAGAAGCAGUUGACUCUCAGCACCACGCCACUUCCCCCUCUUCGCUCCGGACCCCGUUAGUGGGUUCCUUUGUGGGUUGGGGGUGGCGCUAAAGGUGCCCGCCGAGUCCCAUGGUCACAGGCUUCAUCCGCCUGUGAUUUUUGAAAGGGUCCCCGCUUCGCCGUAGCGGGAAAGACCCGUUUCCCGUGGAGCUGGUCCUUCUAGAUCAGAGGGAGUCCACCAUUACCGAUGGCGCCACCCCGGAAGUCUUCUUUAAACUUUGCUAGUAAAACAUAGAUUACUGGAAUUGGUAACUUUUUCCUAGCACAUCUGCCUUCUUUCAUAUUUCACCCUUAAAUCUGUGUGUGAGAGAGAAAGAGAAAGAGAGAGUGAUAAGAGCACAUGCCUUGUAUACCAGAUAUUCCUGGUUCAGUCCCGGGCUUUUCAAGUUGAAAGGAUCUUUGCUUGCAGAGCUGGAAAAGAGACCUUUGCCUGAGAUUUGCUCCUAAUUGAACUAAACAGUGCCAGGCCAGAAGGAUCAAUGGCUUUGUUUCUAAGGCAGCUUUAGCAAUCAUCAUCUGAGGCUCUUCUUUAUGUGCCUCUUUCACAAGAGGUCCAGAGGGUGAUAAUAUGAAGAACAGGUCUUUGCUGAGAUUCCUUUCUAUUUGUGGAAUACUCUCCCCAAGGAGAGACGCCAGGCAAAAAAUAUUCCUCUUCUCCCAGGCCAUUGGCUAAUUAAACAAUCUACGGGCUUUUAAACUGGAGUUUUUUGUUUGUUAUGGUAUGCAUUUUUGUGUUUUCAUAUUGUAAACCAUCCUGUGAUCCUUGGAUGGAGGGUGGUAUAGAAAUUUAAUAAAUAAGAAGAAGAAGAAAUGAAAUGAAAGACAGCUCUUACCUUGCCUGUUGUAAUUUCAAGGUCCAAGCUCAUGUGUCAUGCCCUGUGGCUACUCUUUAUCCCUCUUAGGUUGCAUGGAGAUCUAGUAUUUUGGUCUUGAUUAAAUGCUGGAGCUAUUUUCUCUUUGUCUUUGUGCUGCUAGGUAUGUCUAUGUCUGGCACUGCCCUGAUGGACCUGGCUUGGAGUGUCCUCUGCUAAUCGACACCACAGGAGCUUACUUCCGGAGGGAAGGCGUGGGUGGCAACUACCUUGGAGGUUUAAGCCCUACGGAAGUGAGUUUACCAGGAUUUUAUUGGGAGCUGACUCUUAGGAAGCCACAGCAGCCCCCUGGAUUUCAGUGUCUGGGCAGAAUGAUGGGUAAGACAACUGAGUAAGCAUUGUGGUUCAACAGGGAUUUGAAUCCAGAUCUGUCUUGGUCAAAGCCCAAUGCUAUUCACUGCUCCACACUGACAGCUGAAGUCUACCCAAAGCCUAUCUGAGCAUGCUGUAGUUUGGGACUUGGCUACUGCAUUUGAGUUGCUCUCUAUCUGCCCUGUGUCUGCACUUUUCUAAGGGAGGUUCAAAAUGCAAACAAGAUUUUCAGCUGCCAUGAUUGUAAUUUUCUGGUGCCCAGAAUUCAGCUUCUUGUGCUUUCUUCUUAGGAGGAAGAGCCAGAUAUCCAGGACCUGGAAGUAGAUCAUGAGUUCUUCCAGGAUAAAGUCUGGCCCAAGCUGGCUCACCGGGUGCCAAACUUUCAAUCCUUGAAGGUAAUGAUUGACUUUCUCAAGGAGGUGGUUAAGGAGUUAACUCCUUAAAAUUUAUUUUGGGGCCUGGUGCAGACAUACUGCCCACUUAUGGUUAAUCACCUUGCAGAUUUCACUUCCUCAUAUCUUGUGUUGCCCUUCUAUUUAUUUCUGUUUUGAGCUAACUAUGAUCAACAUUUCAUCUACCUCAUUAGUCUUCAGGCCCCUCGUUGUCUUUGAUUCUGACAGUCCAGUGGUACCUCGGAAGUUGAACGGAAUCUGUUCCGCAAGUCCGUUCGACUUCCAAAACGUUCAGAAACCAAGGUGCGGCUUCCGAUUGGCUGCAGGAAGCUCCUGCAGCCAAUCAGAAGUUGCGUUGGACAUUCAGGUUCCAAAGAACAUUUGCAAACCAGAACACUCACUUACGGGUUUGCGGCGUAUGGGAGCCAAACCGUUCGACUCACAAGACGUUUGGGAUCCAAAGUACGACUGUAUAAGUUUUGAAUUUGGACUGGGUAUGUUUGCUUCGGUGAAUUUUGUGAUGAGGUCAGAACGGACUAGUGGUCCUCUGCUGGUAUAAUCAUUCUCUGCAAGCAAUACAACUGUUAGUUGUAUUGUACAUUAGCCACAGUCAGUUUGCAAUCUGGCUAGCAAGACUUGUCUUCUAGGGUGUUUCGCAGCCAUUGACACUAUUUCACUUCACAUAUUACACUAAACCACUGGGAUGGGAAACAUUUAGCCCUCCAGAUGUUGCUAGAUUUCAACUCCCAUCAUCCCUGACUGUUGGCCAUAAUGCUGUUUGAUGUGAACUAGAGUCCAGUAAUUUCUGGAGAGUCGCAGUUUCCCCACUCCUGGGCUCAUGUGUUCCUUCUCUCUCCUCCCAGCUGCAAGAGAGGAGAUGGGGAACUGAGGAACUCAAGGCUCACAGCUGCUUGUUUCAUGUUUUGCACAUCUUGCAAACCACUCUAAUAAUAAAAUAAUUUGGUUUUUAACCUUCUGGAUUACCCAGGAUGAUUGUAGGCCAUCCAUCCAUUACAUAUUUAAAGUAAAAGUCACAUUAUUAGGAUGUCAAACUCUGCAAUUCUUGCAGGUUAGCACCAAAUCACAGAGAUCUUAGACCUUUCAUCUCUAUCUUGCUUUUCCCUCUUGAGUUCUAGACAUAGCCUUUUAUCCCUCUUGUUCAGCUAGGAAUAACUGGCUAGGAUUCAAUACAGUGGUACCUCGCAAGACGAAUGCCUCGCAAGACAAAAAACUCACUAGACGAAAGGGUUUUUUGUUUUUUGAGCUGCUUCGCAAGACGAUUUUCCCUAUGGGCUUGCUUCGCAAGACGGAAACUUCUUGCAAGUUUGUUUCCUUUUUCUUAACACCGUUAAUACAGUUGCGACUUGACUUCGAGGAGCAACUCAUAGAACGCGGUGUGGUAGCCUUUUUUGAGGUUUUUAAAGACUUUGGUGAUUUUUGAAGCUUUUCCAAAACUUUUCCGACACCGUGCUUUGCAAGACAAAAAAAAUCGCAAGACGGCAAAACUCACGGAACGAAUUAAUUUCGUCUUGCGAGGCACCACUGUACCUAAGUAGUAUACUUAGUGGGUAUACUUACUGGUGGGUUUAAGAGUGCAGCCUUGUCUGUUUCUGUAGGUCUGUCCCUGAGAUCCUCUGUUAGUCCUGUCGUUGACAGUUCAGGGACUGUAUCUUGUGACUGAAAGAGCUUUAUCUUUAUCUCAUGACAGGUGAAGAGUUCUUGGGCUGGUUACUAUGACUACAACAUCUUUGACCAGAGUCCUGUGAUUGGUGUGCACCCACUGGUUGAAAACCUCUAUUUUGCCACAGGCUUCAGUGGACACGGACUUCAGCAGUCUCCAGCUGUGGGCCAAGCCCUAGCUGAGCUCAUAAUUGAUGGGAAAUUCAAGGCCAUUGACCUAAGCAUAUUCUCCUUCAACAGGUUCUUCAAAGGGAACAAGGCUGUAGAAAGGAAUAUCAUUUAAGUGCUUUAGAGAGCUGUGUAUCUUGAUGGCAAGUCCCAGCUCUUUCUGUUCUUCCCUACUUUCUUUCCCAGAUUAAUGACUACAUGCCCAUGCAGCACUUCGUAAAGACUGUUCAGAUUCCCAUACUGUUCCUACAAGUGUUGCACUGCACAGCUCCACAUCAUUUGAGUGGGCCUCAGACAGGAUAAACUCCUUGUGUAGGAUUGCUGCUUCUCCAUUUUUACCCAUGUAACAAUUGAAAAUUCAAGUAAUAAUAAUAAUUUUAAUAUUUAUACCCCACCCAUCUGGCUGGGGUUCCCCAGCCACUCUGGGCGGCUCCCAACAGAGGACUAAAAACAGAAUAGAACGUCAAACAUUAAAACUUCCCAAAACAGGAAGUCCAAUACAGCUAUAGAUCAAGACACACUAAAUCAGGGUGAUCCAACUUUUCAUACCAUGUUGGCCGCAAGAGCCAAGUGGGUGUCUCCAUCGUGCCAAUUACAGGUUAAGAGCAUGAGUCCUUCUGAAUGGGGUGCCUCAAGUCUGCUGCUGUUUGUGCAGCUAUUCAGGUGGCUCUAGGAAGCCUAAAAGCAGUGUGUUGAAGGACUAGCCUUCCUCAUCCCCAACUCUGCUUUUUUGCUGGCAUCUGGUAUUUAGAGGUAAACCACCUCUGAAUGUGGAGUUUGUGCUUUUAUGUUCUACCUGCCAUUAAAAGACUUGUGAUCAAAUUAUUUUUUUUAAAAAAACCCCAAUAUGGGGUUUCUAAUAGCCCACUGAGCAAGAGAUUGUCAGUAUGUUUGGGGACAUGGAGAAUAUGCAACAGCACUUUUUUUUUACAGCCUUUCAGCUUAACCUACCUCACAUGGUGGUUGUGGGGAUUAAGUGAGGAAGGGGAGAACCAUGCACACCACCUUGAAUUCUUUGGAGGGAAAAGUGGGAUAUAAAUGCAGUAAGUGAAUGAAUAAAGAAUGACUCCUAAUGGUCAUGGCCUGAGCAAUUAAGCUUUGUAUAAUAAUUGAUGUUUUUAUUCCCUUGCAUGGGGAAGGUGCCCUUCCUUUCCACCAGGCUGCUGAUUAACACGAGUCAGGAACAGACCUGGAUUUAUGUAAUGUGGUACAAAAAAAGUUGAAUUUAGGUUCAUUGGGUCCUUGAUUCAGAAAGAAAAUUUCCAACACGUGGUGAAACCUCAUUGUAAUUAAGCACUGGAUCUUCGUAAGUUAGGAAAUGUCUCGGGAGCUGUGCUACUCAAAAAGGAGAUGUCCAGUUUGGUCUUGCUCUUCUGCUAUUAUACUUGCCAUGGAUCUCCCUGGCUUUUUGCUACAUCUAACCUUCUGGUGCUGUUUCUUGAUUCGUGGAAGAGACAAUUGCUUAUUGAACUGACAGCUGGUUAUUUUGGAUAACCUUAGAACUGAGGUCAUUGGAAAUUAUGUUUCGAAGUGGAAGAAAUGAACUAUUUUCACCCUUAUCCCAGAAAUCAGGCUGAUUUUUUACUGUUUCUAUAUACCAUUAAAAAAAACAACUGCAGCAGCAUUAUUGGGGGUUAAAAGAAUGAGUUUUCUUUUUUUACAGUUGGAGAUAGAAAAGGAAAGGAGGUCUGUAGAGUUAUUUCAAAGAGCGGAAGGCAGUUUAAAAGGGAGAGCCAAUUUCUGUUGGAUGCAUUCCUUCCACUCCUGCUUUUUCAUUUUGAUUCAUUUUUCUGGCAAGUACUGACAGUGAGGCAAAAGACGUGGGGGUGUACUAUGGGAAGCAGCCUCUCUCAAACCAGUUCCAACUCUGAAGAACUGUACCUUCAGCCUAAUUGGCGCUUCCUAAUUUUGUUUGAGAAGGGAAGAUUGCAUAAAAAGCUUAAUGGCAACAAGAGUUUAAUGAGGGAAGGAAAAGUUCCUCAGAAGCAUGUUAUGAUGGAAAAAUUGAUAUUCACAAGGUAACGGAGAGAGUUGUGAAUACUGACAUUGUUUUUAGCAAUUUUAUUUUAGAAUAUUGCAAGUUACCUUUCCAGCCCCCCAAAUGCCAAGGUGACUUCAUAAUUAAAAAAUUGUCACUUG